AUGGCCCCCUCCUCCACAGAGAAUGCUCCCAAGAACCUCGAAGAGCUCAAGCAGCUCCUCAAAGACGACACCAAGGUCAAAGUGGCCGGCGUCGACGUCGAGGGCGUGCUGAGAGGCAAGAUCAUGAGCAAGUCCAAGCUGCUCUCCUCUGUCAAGUCGGAGGGCUUCAACUUCUGCAGUGUCAUCUUUGGAUGGGAUAUACAUGACCAGACCUAUAACAAGGACCUUCUCGUAGCCAACUGGGAUAACGGUUACCGUGAUUUGCUUGCCGUCAUCGACCUGUCCACCUUCAGGCGGUUGCCUUGGGAGAAAAACGUCCCCUUCUUCCUGUGUCGGUUCGUCAUCCCCGAGACUGGAAAGAUCUUGCCUGUGGACCCCAGAAGCUUGAUUAUGGAUGUCACAGAAAAGGCUCAGGAGAAGGGGUACAAGUGCAUGAGCGGUGCCGAGUUUGAAUAUUUUCAAUUCGCCGAAACCGCUCAAACGCUUGCCGAUAAGAACUUUAGAGACCUCAAACCUCUGACCCCCGGUAUGCACGGCUAUUCUGUCCUGAGACCUUCCCUCAACAUGGAAUACUUUCACGAUCUCUACGACUCUGCCACCGACUUUGGUAUCGAGGUCGAAGGACACCAUACCGAAACAGGUCCCGGUGUGUUUGAGACCGCAUUGGGGUACACCGAUGCGGCUCGUAUGGCCGACAAUGCUUGUCUGUUCAAACUUGUGGCCAAGAGCUUGGGGAUGAAGUACAACAUAUCACCGACUUUCAUGGCCAAGCCAUGGGGAGACCUUCCCGGAUGUUCUGGUCACACCCACGUCUCUCUCCAAGACAAGGACGGCAAGAACAUCUUUGCGGUGACUGAUGAGGAGGCUGCAAACGGCGGUCGAGCCAAUGCGGCGUUUGAUGAUGUCAAGUACAUCUCUCAGGAGGCUGAGUGGUUCUUGGCUGGUUUGCUCGAGGGUAUGCCCGAUGUCGUUCCCAUGUUCUGCCCCACCAUCAACUCUUACAAGCGGUUGCAAGGUGGCCAGGCCAUGUGGGCUCCCGAUACUGCCUCGUACGGUUACGACUCUCGGGCUGCGUCUGUCAGGCUUAUAACAGCCCCGGGUGUCAAGGGCUACGCCACCCGAUUCGAGGUCCGGGUGCCCGGUGCUGACAUGAAUCCAUACUAUACCAUGGCCACCAUCUUUGCCCUCGGUCUCCGAGGUAUCGAGAAGAAAACCCCCCUUCCUUACGGCCCCAUUGGAUCUCCUGGAGUCACUCGGGAGACUGUCAAGCACCUCCCGACUUCCCUGGAAAGCGCUACCAAGGCCUUCAUGGCCAAGGACAGUAUAGCGAGAGAGGUGUUGGGUGACUUCUUUGUGGACCACUAUGGCGGUACCAGGGAGCACGAGCUCGAUCUUCACAGAAAGGCGGUCACGGAUUGGGAAGUCGCCCGAUACUUUGAGUUGGUGUAA